AUGGUGAAUUAUUUGAGUAGUUUGAUAUUCAUGAACAUUAAUUUUUUCCUGUGCGUGGCCUUUGCCUAUGAUCCUAGGCCUCUCCAGGACAUGUGCGUGGCGGAUUUCAGUAAGAAGCCGCAUGGCGUCGACCUCUUACCGCUGCCGUGCAUGGACCGAGCGGAGGUCACGGCCGACCACUUCUACUCGGACGCCCUCCGCAAGCCCGGAAACACCAACAACUCCUUCCGAGCGACCUUCACCUCGCUCGACUCGAGGCAAGUCCCGGGCAGCAACACCCUCGGCAUUGUUGUAGCUCGGCUUGAUGCAGCGCCCGGGGGGUACUACUCGUUCCAUGCGCACCCCAGAGCUUCCGAGCUGUUGAUAGGCGUGGAAGGAGAACUGGAGGUCGGGUUCGUGACGCCCUCGAAUAAUUAUCGAGUGUACAAGAAAACGCUUCAGAAGGGGGACGUGUUCUACGUCCCAAUCGGACUCCUUCACUACCAGAGGAAUCCGUCUCGGAACACGAGUAUGGUUGCGUACAGCGUGCUCAACAGCCAGAAUCCCGGUCUCACCUCGGUGAGCCACGCCACUUUUGGACCGAGUCCGAGUAUUGAUAGUAGUUACAUUGUUGACGCGUUUCGGUUGGAUGCACACACCGUUCAGAGACUUCAAGGGAUGAAGGACUGGGUGUAA